ACUUGUUUUUCUCUAGCGUCUUUGCUUUAGCUUUUGAUCUUUAUAAUCAAAAUUCCAAUUCCUCAGAUAUUUCUACCUUACACUAGAUCCCAGAAAAUUUCACGUCACACAAUCCAAAUCCCCAAACCCCAAAAAAAUUGGAUAACAUAUUUCAUGAAAUCAUACAAACCUUUGUAACCAAAGAGAGAAAGAAAAAGUGCACCAAUUAUUUAUCUGAUAAUAAUAAAUGGACAUGGUGGCGAAGUUACACGUGUCAACACUAGAGUGCCACCACUACUACCCACGGAUGGCCGGGAAUGUAGUUGUGAGUACGUGGGACCCUUUGAUUGUAAAGGGUCGUCGUAGAAUUGUUGUACAACCUUGCAGGAGCUUUAAGUCUGAUGAUGUGGAUAAAUAUCUGAAGGAACGAAGUGAAUCCAAGAACAAAUUGGUUGGAGCUAUUAGAUCUGCUGUGUGGAGUUGUUCAAAGCCAAGUUUGGGAACUGAAAAUAAGUUUAGAGAAGCUAUCGAGAAGUUGGAGGAGAGAUUAUUCUUGUUGGCGUUAUAUGUUGGAAGAUAUAUUAUCGCGAUGAUGAGCACAGGCGUUGUCAUGUUUGUUGGAUUUCAGUUGUCAGGUGGAGAUAGCCAGAUGAAUGAGUUGAUAUGGUAUAGUUGGCUUGGAGGAAUUAUUAUUGGGACUAUGAUAGGGUCCAAUUUGGUUUUGGAUGAAGUUGCUCGAGCUGGUCCGCGUAAUGUCGUUAUAACGGGAAGUACAAGGGGACUAGGGAAAGCUCUUGCGCGUGAAUUUUUACUUUCUGGAGACCGUGUCAUUGUUACUUCUCGCAGCCCUGAAUCUGUCGAUUCAACUGUCAAGGAGCUUGAGGAAAAUCUGAAGCAAGCUGUGAAUGCUGCAACUGGGUCGGCUAGAAAAAAUUUGGCACAUGCAAAAGUCGUUGGUAUGGCUUGUGACGUCUCUGAACCGGUUAAUGUUAGAAAGCUGGGCAAGUUUGUUGCAGAUGAGCUUGGUUACAUUGACAUUUGGGUAAACAACGCUGGGACAAACAAAGGUUUUCGACCCUUGCUGCAGUUUACUGACAAUGAUAUUCAAGAGAUUGUCUCCACAAACCUGAUUGGUUCUAUACUAUGCACUAAAGAAGCUAUCCAAAUAAUGAAAACCCAAAGCAAAGGUGGACAUGUAUUUAACAUGGAUGGUGCAGGUUCUGGAGGAUCUAGCACCCCUCUAACAGCUGUCUAUGGGUCAACAAAAUGUGGUCUCAGGCAGCUUCAAUCAUCCCUACUGAAGGAGUGCAAGCGGUCAAAAGUUGGAGUGCAUACGGCCUCUCCAGGCAUGGUCCUAACCGACCUUCUGCUGAGUGGCUCAACUAUCCAAAACAGACAGAUGUUUAACAUCAUUUGCGAACAUCCAGAGACAGUUGCUAGAACACUAGUACCAAGGAUGCGGGUUGUAAAAGGAAGUGGAAGAGCCAUCAAUUAUUUGACUCCACCAAGGAUCUUAAUUGCCUUAGUAACCUCAUGGUUGAGACGGGGCCGAUGGUUUGAUGAUCAGGGAAGAGCACUGUAUGCUGCAGAGGCAGAUCGACUCCGUAACUGGGCUGAAAACCGAACACGUUUUUCAUUCACAGAUGCCAUGGAGAUGUACACUGAGAAUACUUGGAUCUCCGUCUUCUCACUCUCUGUGGUUUGUGCAUUCAUCAUAUUAUCAAGCACAGGUAGCACUUAGACUGGACUUAGAUGCUAACCUCUAUUGGUUAAGGUGGUUUGAAAAAUAGGAAGCCCCUGAACUAUGACGCAGCUAAUAUAUUUUACUCCAGCUUCUAAAUUGAUCAGAAAGAAAGCGCAUAUCCGAUUGGGAUGGGUGCAUGGCUUUAUCCAUUGAAUGCACAUAUCCGAUUGUCUCAGUGAAUGAUAUUGGAUGUACAGGAAUUUGGCAUUUAUGAAGUGUAAAAAUGAAAGUAUCAGAUAUUCAUUUUAGCAAAAAUCAUUGUAAUAGUUAUUGUCAUUGAGAUGUUCUGAACCCUGGAUCGCUUGAAACAAGUUUCAUGCAUCUUUCUGUGAAAGUAUUUCGUGUGUGUUAACAAAGAAUAAUCAUUACCACCA